GGUGAAACCAGCAUUUAUCAUGGUGGGCUGAGUGCCAAAUGGAGGCGCGACAUAUUAGUCAGGUCACCGAGGAUACUAUUGGGGAAGAAAUAAUUAACUCUUUUAAUAGUUCUUAUCUUUAUUCUUAAGAUGCAACUUUCUUCGUAUACGAUAACGUUAGUCCUCUGGAGUCGCGCGCCGCUCCCGGGAUAAUCUCCAGAGGGGACAUUUAAAACUCUCGCUGCUUUUGCUUCAUUCGGGUCGCUUCAGAGUGGAAACGUGUGUUCUGUAAGCAUGGCAGGCAUUCCCAAAGCUUUUACUCAUGUGUUAGGCUUUCUAAUAACUGUAAUCUCAGGAUUAGGAGCCAACUCUCUGCAGCAGAUUUUCAUAAAGGAUAUCGUGGCUGUUUACGGAAAAAACGGUUCACUGGAUCUCAAUGGCAUUAACAGUUUAUUGAAGACAAUUGUGCAAGACAAGCCCUUGGAUCCGAACAUUCCUCCGCAUGCUCAGUGUGUGUCCGGAGAAGAUAUUCUGGUGCAUUAUGGGCUUCAGAACCUCUCUCAUCUAACAGAGGAGCAUCUGGUCACUGUGUGCCCGGCUCUGCUCAACCAAGCAGUGCUGCCACCCUGUUCAACAGAACCUCCCGUCCUCACUGAUCCCACAGAACUUCACGUAUGGGGAUAUGGCUUCUUGGCUGUUACCAUCAUUAAUCUGGCCUCACUGCUGGGUCUGGCUCUUGUUCCUGUCACUAAAAAGCCCUACUUCCCCAAGGUGCUCACCUACUUCAUUGGUCUGGCUGUUGGCACACUCUUCUCCAAUGCUGCUCUCCAACUUAUACCCGAGGCCUUUGGGUUUGACCCAAAAGCAGACGGUUACGUCCUCCAAGCUGUUGGGAUCUUUGGUGGAUUCUAUGCGCUGUACUUCACUGAAAAAAUCCUGAGGAUGCUCCUCAAACCAGGACAUGAGCACGGACACGGACACAGUCACUUCCUCCCCUCAGAGAGUGUCCAACAGAACGGCGUCAUCAUUGCGGCCGACUCUGAUUUCAGCUUUGCCAGCGGCGACAAAGCCAGCAUAACCACUGACCCCCCAGUGGAACAGGGGUCUUGCAGAUGGCUCAGAGGAAGACGGCUGUCCAGCGUGAAGACGGUGGCAUGGAUGAUUUCCCUGAGCGAUGCUCUACACAACUUCAUUGACGGACUGGCCAUCGGCGCCUCGUUCACGGUGUCUGUUCUCAAUGGCUUUAGCACCUCUAUCGCUAUCGUCUGUGAGGAAUUCCCUCACGAGCUGGGCGACUUCAUUAUCCUGCUGAACGCAGGGUUGAGCAUUCCACAGGCCGUGUUCUUCAACCUGCUGUCUGCGAUGUCCUGCUACGUGGGCCUGGUCCUGGGAAUCUUGUUGGGAAACGCUUUUGCCCCCAACAUCAUCUUUGCCUUCGCUGGUGGCAUGUUCCUUUACAUAUCCUUGGCUGAUAUGUUGCCUGAAAUGAACAUGAUUGCCAGUGAACAAGUGCGGAGCACGAAGGACGAUAUCGUUUUUUUCGCAAUCCAGAAUGCUGGAAUACUGACAGGAUUUACCUUGAUUCUUCUCAUCACAAUGUUUUGUGGGAAUAUUAGCCUGGGCUAAUGUCCGUUUCAUUCUGUGCACUUCCCAUUCCAGAUGAUACUCUCAUUUAAGCUAUUUAUUUGAGAAAAAACUACUUUAUACUAUUUUUAAAAUCAUUUGUACUGAGGAAACUUGAAAUCAUUAGGUGUAAAGUAAUUUGAUUUGUAUAAGCUGAUUAUUCUCAAAAUGUACAAGUCUAACCAUUGUAUACUGCUGUAAAUAAACUGUACUGACCUACUAAUCAUGUUUUGUAGAAAAGAUUAAUUUUUGGUCCAUUUGGUGCUAACUGAAUGAACAAGUUUGUUACUUUGUACAAUAGGAACUUCUAAUAUCAUGCAAAAUAAAAACAGAACAGAACUGUA